AUGGGGAGAGUUAAAUUGCAAAUCAAGAGAAUUGAAAAUACUACGAAUCGACAAGUCACUUUCUCCAAACGAAGAAAUGGACUCAUAAAAAAAGCUUAUGAACUCUCUGUUCUUUGCGAUAUUGAUAUCGCUCUUAUUAUGUUCUCCCCUUCCGGCCGCCUCAGCCAGUUCUCCGGCCGCCGCAGAAUUGAGGAUGUGCUUGCUCGUUACAUAAAUUUGCCUGAUCAUGAUAGAGGAAGCGUUGUUCAUAAUAAAGAGUUUUUACUUGGGACACUAAAUAAUUUGAAGACAGAGAACGAGAUCGCACUUCAACUUGUCAAUCCUACAUCAAGCAACUCCAAUAUUGAGGAGCUUCAACAAGAGGUUGGUACAUUGAGACAUGAGCUUCAACAUGCAGAGCAACAAUUAAGGUUAUAUGAACCUGAUCCUCUUUCAUUCACAUCAAAUGGUGAAAUAGAUUCUUGUGAGAAGAACCUGUUGGACACCUUGGCAAGGAUCACCCAAAGGAAGAAAGAUCUAUUAAGUAGCCACUUAUCUCCUUAUGACCAUCCCAAUGGGAUUCAGCUAUAUUUGGAUUCACACGAGGGAAUACCAACGUCCUUUGAAACCGAUGUUGCUAAUUGGUUGCCCGAAAAUGGCCAGAACUCGUCUCAAAUUUGUGUUGCAUCUGAGUCAUCCUCGAUUCCUCAAAGUGGUCAAUAUCCAAGCACAGUUUAUGAUCAAGUGUCACAGGCAACAAACAUUAACAUUGGUGGGUGUGACAUUGGAAACCCAAACGAUGACGGUUAUUCUCCUUGGCAACACAACUACACUACAACUCAGCUCCUCUCUUCCUUCAUCCCACAAACUUCAUUUCAUACUUUGAAGCAUGAGAUUGAAGAGCCUUGUAUGAAUACAAUUAUGUCCCAACAACAAGUUGAUAGCAUUUCAAAUGGGAACCAGUUGCCUCCAAGUGAUGGAAGUGCCAAUUACGAUAAUGGCAAGUUGCCUCAACUCAACGUGGAUUAA